GUUUUCACUUGUUUAGAAUGUCAAAUUUUAUCAGGAAAUCGGCUGUAUGGCAACCGAUCAAAAAUAAAAAUGCCAUAAAAAUUUGACUCUACUAGAUCUAGAUAUAGAUAACAUCAGUUUUAUCAAUAUGAUGAAUAGAUGUAGAAUCUAUAUUAUAAAUUUUGAUCUAUUGUAGAUUUAGUCGAGGUAUAAUAAUUUUAUACUUUGAAACUUUCGUUUCGAACUUCAACUACUAGACUAGGAGUGCAGUAGGUCUUAAGUGAUAAGUCUAGUCUAGAGUCUAGUCUAGUAAUUGACUUACGACUUAGUAUUAAACACAUCUUCUAAAAUGGCACGCAACAAUAAGUUGAAAACCUUUUGGAUCAAAUACAAACUGACAGCUAGGCUAAAAGUUCUUGUCAUCCUUGUUUUAAUCAUCUUUUUAAUACCAUCAUUGAGAAACUUUGUGAUUCCCGGUUGGCCGAAAACAUUGCAACAGCUCAGCACUUACAAGGUUAUAAAAAUUCAUCUUCAAGAUUUGUUUUACAAUGUGGAUCGUAGCCCAUACACAGACUCGUGCAAACCGGUGCAUGACCGGCUUGCCACUGUCAAAAUGCCCAAGCUUGAAGACAUGCCUGUUUAUGAUUUGCAAGACUGGUAUAAACUGGUGGCUACAAUCAAACCAUCUUUGACAGAUGAAGAACUGAAGAUCUUGGACAACUACAAACCCACUUUGACUGUCACUGAGCAGCGUCAGAUGCUCUUUGCUAUGCUCUCAGCAACUCAAGCUUUUGCCGCCUUUAACAUCAGCUACUUCAUAUCAGAAGGCUCUCUUAUUGGCUACUGGCGUCACCACGGUAUGAUACCCUGGGAUGAUGAUGUGGAUAUACUUUUUGAUAGCCAGCAGUGGCCACUGGCUCGUCAGGUUCUCUCAUGUUUGCCAGAUCUUGAGCUCAACAUGGGUUCUGAUUACAUGUGGAAACUAUAUCAUAAGAACUCAGACUUAUGGAAAGGCGAAUCCCAAAUUAAAUUUCCUUUUAUAGAUUUCUUUAUGUAUCAUUACGACUCUGGUCACCUUUGGCCAGUUUGUAUUUGGAUGAAGACUGAAAUUAUACUUCCUACCGACUGGACGUUCCCUCUUCAGAAAGGUGUCUUUGAAGGUUAUCCUGUUUCUGUUCCAAGUAAGACUGCUGAAGUCAUAAAUUUUCACUUUGGACGCGUUUCAUCUGAUUGCUAUUCACGCACUUUCCUCCGCAGAGAACGAUCCCUUGUCCCUGUUAAAGAGAGAACACACAUGCCCUGUGCUCUGCUGAAAGAAAUUUACCCUUUUGUGAGGCGCACCAAGGUGGACUCAAUGCAAGGCACUGUUAUAGAAGAGAGAGUUGUUGCUUCUAAAGUCUUGUCUACAUUCAAUGCCACAUAUCAAGGUACACUUGAAUAAGAGUUGAUUUUACCAUGUAGUGGAAAUAAAUGAUUAUUAAAAGUUUAUUAGAUAAUAAGUUUUGUUAGAAUGUGUUGUUGUUUUUCAUAAUGAGUACCAAUAAAAGACAACAUAUUUUUUUAAUAUAAAAAAGUAUGUCAAAUCCUUAACGCCCCAAACCAGAUUAUUAAAGAAAUUAGCAUGACUGAAUUUUCACUUAUGUUUAAAAGAGGUUCCAGGAUUAAAGUUUUCAAUGGGCUGAAAAUAUAAGCAUUUUUUUUUUUAAGUUAAUUGGAUUAUGAUUCAAUUAGAACGUUUUUAUAAAUUUCAUUAUUCAAUGAAUGUUUUGAGUAAUUUAUGCAUGUGUCCAGAGAAUUUUUGAAAAAUCUAAAGAUUUGCAGCUAUGGAAAUGUCACAUGAGAAUUUUUCUUAAUUUAAGUUAUUACCUAUUCAACAGACAAACAAAAAUGGCUUUUUCUAGAAUAUAAAUAUUACCUUUGACAUUUUGGAUAGGUGUCUUACUUGCAUACAUGAUUUAAAUGCUAUUUAAUCAUUAUUUUUGUUUCCCCAUUUUGAUUAUUUAUUUGUUUGACAUAAUCAGAAUGGGUAACGUCAAAUAAAAUCAAAAGAAAUGUCACAGUAACAAUUCACUACAGCAUAUGAUACAAGCUGGAGACUUCUUAUAGGUAACAGUCAUACCAGAGUUAUGUUUGUUGAUGCUGCCUUUAUUUGAUCAUAUCUUCUCCCAUGUUUCAAGUUAUACUUUUUUUUUUUUUUGUUGCGUUUUUUUAUACUUAGAACUUUAGUUCUUAUUGUUAUUGUACGAGGACAUUCUUAAAGUCAUUAACUUCAAGUAUAUAUUCUUUUUGUCAUUGUAUAUGUAUCUUUAUAUUAGUAUUCAUUAUUGUUAUUGUUUGGAAAAAUACACUUUGUAAUCAGUUUAUAAAUAGAUUGUGAAACCUUGUUGCUUAGUAGUGAAGCACUUGACAGCCAUUCAGAGGUCUUUAGUUUGAGUCUUGGUACAGGCUGGCACUCUAUACCUGACAUUUAUAUAAGAGAGUUAAUACAUAUAAAUUCCUAUAGCUGAUCACAUAUCACUAUAAUAAACCCUUAACUUAUCUUCACUUAUAAGGCUUGUAGGCCUGAAAGAAAAUUUUACUUUGAAAAAGAUCACAUCUAAAUUUUUUGUUUGCCUGUGUGAUAAUGUUAGAUUCUACUUUUUAAAAAUCUUGUCUUUAUUAAUAGAACAAACUCUGAACUUACUGCAUUUUCUAAUGUCCUAUGUUAUGAUUAAUUGUUUUGUGUUAAAUAGAAGCUGAUCAAAGUUUUUAAUGAUACUGAAGAUAAAAAUUGUUUUGUUUUCUUGUCCAGUCAUUAGCAUUGUUUUCAUUAAGUGAAUGAUUAUUUUUCACAGUUUAAUAAUCAGUUUGUGUAUAUGGGCUAAUGAAGCUCUGUAUUAUAUAUGAUUAGCUCAUAGUAUCUCUUGAAUGAUAUGUUAAUAUAUUUAUUUUAAAAUUUCAACACUUACAAAGUGUUCAUUUUCAUGGCAAGCAAAAUACUGAAUAUUUACAUUUUAAAGCCCCCAAAAUGUUCAUAUUUAUGGAAAGAAAUGCAUUGAUUUUUUUUUAUGUUUUAAAAUCAUGGUGAUUGUAGUCAUACAAUUUUUUUUUAAUAGGUAUAGACUGCUCUGUGGGUGAUUCUCAUUCUUAGUUAGUUUCUAUCAUCUUCAGUGGCUACCUUCCUCUUCUGUUGGCUACCAUCCGUCCAACUUGAAUUUGAGGCCAUUAUAGAAACUGAUUUGUGUGGAUGUGUUCAUCAAUGACCAGCUGCAUGCUGACUUGGCUUACUAGCUAUGACUGAUAACUUUUACGCCUUAAGCUCAAUGACCAGUCCCAGUUAGGUGGCGAGGUUAAGAUUCAUGUUCCAUCUCUUUAUGAAAUGAAAAGCUUAGUUCUAAAAGUAUGUAAAAAUCAUGAAAUAUUUGAGGAAAGAUAAUCAAGCCUAAGUGUAGCUAGUGCUCUUGAUGAUGACUUAAGCAUUUUCAAAAAUGUCCAUUCUUAACAAUAUACUGUCCACUAGUAUAGAGUAGGCCUAUAGUCACUAUAGUGGUUAAAAUUUAUGGAAGUCUCUCCCCCCCCCCCCCCUCCAUUUCUUAUUCAAUUGGAACAUUUUAAUACCAGGUUGUAGUAAAAAGGAAGCUUUACAAUCUGGCAUAUUGCAGUGUUUAUAGUAGUAUUGCACAUGCUGGACUACUUGUGGGGGGGGGGGGGGGAUAUUUUUCAUGAGAGCCAUUUUGUCCUGGAAUUGGUUACCUGAACUAGCCAGGAAAACCAAAGAACUCUCUCCAAGAGGAAGUUUCAAAAAAAAAAAACAAGAAACAAGUCUAACAUUAACAUGGAUUGGGGAUGUUUCAAUUAUUGAUAUUCUGAUCUUUGUCUCUAAUGUAAUGGUUUAUAAAACGUGAGUGUUGCCAGAAAGUCACAAUGUUUAGUUUUUAGCUUAUAACUUGGGCCCAACCAUCUCACCCUAAGUAUCCUCUUAGAGUUAAUUCUAAAUGUGUAAGCCUAACUCUUAACUUAAACUGCAUACUUUGCUAUGUCUUGUUAUACUUGAACUCUCUGCAUUCCAACAGUUUUAAAUUAUAUUUUUUCUGAGCUUUGUGAUACUUUACAUCUAAAUGAAAUGGGAGUAUUUUGUGUGUUUUAUGAUGACAUUUUGAUCAUGUGUUUUCUGCUGCUUAAACACAAUAACAAAAAGCUAAACUUGCUAUGUGAUUUGUCUCUUUAAUGAGGUCUUGCUGUUCUUCUACAUUGGAUGAAGUCUUUUUGUGUUUUUUUUUUGUACAUUUGCUCUUUAAGUUCUUAUGUGCUAAUGUACAUGGUCUUUUUGUGAAAUUUUUACAUUUAGAUCUAUAUAUAUACAGAAUAUUCAUAUUAAAUGAUGGAGUUUUGGUUCUAGGCCAUAUGGCUAACUUCCAGUUCUUUUGCUGAGUGGAAUGUUUCAGUGCUACAUUGGUUUGUUUAAUUGCUACAUUUGUUUAUUUAAAUGCUACAUUUGUUUGUUUAAAUGCUACAUUUGUUUGUUUAAAUGCUACAUUUGUUUGUGUAAAUGCUACAUUUGUUUGUGUAAAUGCUACAUUUGUUUGUUUAAAUGCUACAUUUGUUUGUGUAAAUGCUACAUUUGUUUGUUUAAAUGCUACAUUUGUUUGUUUAAAUGCUACAUUUGUUUGUUUAAAUGCUCAUCAAUUUGUAGAACAAAUGUGUGAUGUGAGAGCUUGAGGACUUGAAUUCCUAACUGAAGAGUUUUUUUUUUGUCCAGAGUCUCGCCUCAUACAUUUAUUUCAUCUGCUCAUUAUGACACAUGCUCAGCAAAAUGUGCUUGUACUUUUUUAUAUAAAUGUCUGUAUAUAUAUAUUUUUUUUUUUCUUGGUUUGAAAUAUAUAUAUAUAUACUCUAGAGGAAAACAAAUAGUGCACAUAGCAGCAAAACUUUGAGUAGCAGAAUGCCAAGGCUACAUUAUGUAGACACACUGUGGGUCAGUUAUAAGUGUCUUGGGAAGUUUUGAGAGAGGUGGGCGUUCAUGUCCUAUAAUGAUCUUUGUAAACUAAUAACAGUGUUAUGUCCUAUAAUGAUCUUUGUAAACUAAUAACAGUGUUAUGUCCUAUAAUGAUCUUUGUAAACUAAUAACAGUGUUGUUUUGACAAACCUUAUUUACCUUAGUACUAUAUAUUCAUUCCCAAUCCUGUAGCAGUUCUGCUUGAAAGCCAUCAACCCAACUGUGUUGAUUUUUUAAAGAAUAUUUAUCAACUAUUUAUAUAAAUAUUUAUUUAUAUUUAUCAAGUUUUGUUUAAUUGUUGUAUUUAGUUUUCAAUAUUUUUCAUAUAUUUAGUUUAUACUGAUGAUAAAAUUAUAAUUUGAUAAUUCUUUCUACUCUGCUUUUUGUAUAGGAAGCUGAUUGUUGGUCCCCAACCCUGUUGGUCCCUGACAUCAUUGCACUGUGUACACACUAUCUUCUAACAAGCAAACUAUACUUUUUAUCUAAGGAGAAGAACUCCACAUUUACAACUGUUUUAUAUCUCAAUAAUGUAGGAGUUAUUUCUCUUUUUAUAAACAAAAUAAUUAAUUACCAAUAUUAAUUGACUAAUUGGUUUAUUUUUUUUAUCAUUUCAUGGUUUGUUAGGUACAAAAAUAAUUUUUCAAGUUUCAACUGGGUGUAAGAGAAAUAGCAUGUACAAUUAUCUAAGGGGAACAAACCCCAAUAUAUUUUGCCAUAUCUUUAAAUUAUUUUCAGAUAGACAUGAGUUGAUAUAAGCUUUGUAAAAAAUUUUGCCAACAGAAAAAUGUCAGCUUUUCAUUACCCGCUUUCAUUGACCAUUAAUUUUCAAAGUGGACCAAGCAUUCUUUAGAGGACAGCCCUAAAUAUAAAGCAGAAACAUGGAAAGCAAUUGUGUUUCGGCACCGUUUGGGCAUUAUCAGAGAGAUUGGAUGUGGUGAUGGUUAAGUGCUUCCAGAAUGAGUAUUUAAGUUUCGCUCCUGACAAUACCUUCCGCACACACACUGGCUUGCAGGAUAACCAUUGAGAAGUUGAGUUCUUAAUUAGUAUCCACUCUGUGGUGUCAUAUUCAUUCUGUGAUGUGAUAAUAUGCUGCUUAGAUUUCAGUGAAACUUUAUACAGAUGUACUGCUUUCUAGCCUUCCACUGCUUAUUGGUUUAAACUUUAGUAGACACAAUAUUUAAUUUCUAAAUCAUAUCAUGCGAAUGUAUAUUGUGAUAAAGUAUUGUUCUUUUUUUUAAUAAAUAUUUCUGUUCAGUUUUCAGGGAGUAGAUAUUUUGUUUAAUAUUUUAUUUUUAAUAAAAUCAUGAAUUAAAAAUGUGUUUUUGUCUUCUGUUCAUCAUGAGAUUCUGCCAAGGAAAAAAUAGAAAUGUUUUACAUCCA